AUGUUUCUCUACCAACUGCUCAACUUUUUCUUUGCAUCUUCCAAAAAGGAAGAGGACUCCAAAUAUGACCUGUCUCUGUACAAGCGCGGUGACUUGCUAGAGGUGCCCAGGACAUUAUUUACUCAUUUUGGUAUCUACCUGGGUGACAACCGUGUGGCUCAUCUCAUUCCGGACAUCCUACCCGUGAUCUCCAAAAAUAAAUCUGCCGUUGCCAAGAUGGUAACAAACAACCGCCUGCUGGCAGGAGUCAUCACCAAGGUAGCCAGCGUGAGAGUGGACUCUGUGGCAGAUUUCGCUUACGGCUCAGAGAUUCUGAUCAACCACAUGGACAAAGUGUGCAGCCAGCCUCCUCUGGAUGGGGACGAGGUGGCACGAAGGGCUGAGAAGCUCCUGGGAUCAGUCACCUACAGCUUACUGUGGUACAACUGUGAACACUACGUCAUGUACUGCAGAUAUGGCAUGGCCAUCAGCUACCAGACGUACCAGUUCUGCACAAUAGUCCGGAAGAUCGUGUGCAGCAGAAUGAGCGCCUACGUGACGGCGCUGUGUGGGGUGUGCACCAUGCUGUAUCUGGGCUGUGUGACGCUGCUGACAGUUUUGCCCACUCUGCUCAUCUCGUUCACCAUCUGGAUGGCGGCCUAA